AUGUUCUCCCAACUCCCCGACGAGCUCAAUGAACAGAUUCUGUCCUUCAUUGAGCUUGAUAGCAAAGCCACGCUUAGAAGCAUAUGUCUAACAAACAAGACGGCGAACCGCUUGGCGACUCCAUUGUUCUACAGCCACGUUGAUGUGGUGGGUAACAAAUUCGAUGCUGACAACGAUCGUGAUAUCAUCCGGCUGGGGCGACUCUGUCAGACUCUCGUCGAAGAUCCACCGCGCUGUGCGUAUGUUAAGACCAUCCGACUCGCAAUUACGCGGGAUGACAAGGACUUCCGCAUCGUGGACUAUCUUAAAUUCAACACACAACAAUGCGAGCAGGGUCUGACUGGAUUAUCGAAUGAUGUGCGACACACCAUAAGCACAUACCUACGUUCCGAAGAGACCAAUAUGGAGCCACUGCCUCGCGCGACCCUAGGAGGCUUGCUACUAGCUAUGUGCCAUCAGGCGAGAGUGCUGCAGCUGGAAGGCGACCCGAACAUGAUUGGCGAAUCUCUCUUGAAAACCAUUAUACUGCAGAUGAGCACGCAGCCUCCAAUUUUGGCUUUGCAAGACGUCACUCUGCCCUGUGGUGCAGGCCAGACCAUUUCGGUGCCAGGUCUUGUGCCCAUUCUACGUCUUCCUUCGUUGCGCAAGCUGAAUUUGCAUAACUUCGUACUACAUCCACAGUCUUUCGCGCCUGGUCUCACGGCAAAUGUCAGGAGCUCGCUGCAGGAGCUGAAUUUGACGUACUGCACAUUCGAUAUUCUGGACUUCGCGCCCUUACUGCUGUGCUGUCCCAACUUGCGCUUACUCUGGAUCGAAUGGUACAAUAGGGAUGACAACUUCUGGCGCAUGGACUGGCCUGCUCUCGGUGGCGCUGUACGAAGAUUGGCUAGUCUUGAGUCUCUCCGUCUUGAACACCGGCAUGACAUGUCCAUGACUGUGGCAUCAAGAGAAGCCAAUGGCCUCGUUCCUCCAGGUAUGGAGGUCAAUCACAUAUUACCAAUGGGGUCAAUCAAGAGUUUGCAGCGUUUGAGAGAGAUCAUUGUGCCUUCUUUAGCUCUUUUUGGCAGUGAUGGCUUUCGGACUGAUAAUCUGGACAACGAACAAUCCGAAGUUCUCUCAACCCUGCUUCCAGCGUCUUUACAAGAAUUGACUUUGUUGUACGAGGAUAUAUACCUUGCUGGCACCAUACGCUUGUUACCACUGGAUCCUAUGGUCGCAAGGCUCGACGACUUCGUCCUUUACAAUUGUCAAAAGGACAGGUGGAUCACCAAAGACGGCGUGGAAGGCUUCGUUCCAGUUCCUGUUCCAGACCUAACAGGCACUGCUCCGCGGUCCAUGCUAAACAACAUCCCGUUACUGAUUGAGAAUCUGAGGGAUAGCUUGGGCCUGUUGCCUCCUGCGAUGCGCUCAGCAGUACUUGAUCAGUGGCAUCGCGAAGCGGGAGAAGAGUUACCUCUUGGGGAAUGCAUGAUCAUGCGCGCUGCCUUGCAAGAGGUGAGGUCUAUUUUUCGACUUUGA